GAUCCUCUCGAGGAGACGGCGAGGAGGGGGCGUGGCUUGAGGAAGUGACUUCAGCCGACGCCGGCUGCAGUCGAGGAGACGCGGGAGCGGAGCGGAGAAGGAGCGGAGUGGAGCUUCCCUCCUUCAGGACCUUCUUGGCGCCAUGGCUUCCACCGCCAGGGUCUUCUCGCUGCGGGCAGCCAUGGGUCGAGCCGCCGCUGCUGCUUCUUGCUCCUCCUCGCCUUGCAGCUUAAAGACAAAUCCCUUCUGCACGCUGGCUCCGCAGCAGCCCUCCGCCCCAUUGGAUAUGAAGAACUACCUGUGGAAGCGCUACAACGAGGCCAAGAAGGUUACCAAAGAUUUAGUCCCUUCAAUCAUGAGUAACUUACUGAAUCCAGAUGCAAUCUUUUCCAACAAUGAAAUGAGUCUUUCAGAUGUAGAAAUCUACGGCUUUGAUUAUGACUACACAUUGGUCUUCUAUUCCAAACAUUUGCAUACAUUGAUCUUUAAUGCAGCACGAGAUCUUUUGGUUAAUGAACAUCGGUAUCCUAUAGAAAUCCGCAAGUAUGACUAUGAUCCAAAUUUUGCAAUAAGAGGGCUUCAUUAUGAUGUACAUCGGGCGUUGUUGAUGAAGAUUGAUGCUUUCCAUUAUAUUCAAUUGGGAACAGUGUACAGAGGAUUGAAUGUGGUCCCAGAUGACGAGGUCAUUGCCAUGUAUGAUGGGUCCCAUGUCCCUUUGGAACAAAUGAGUGACUUCUAUGGAAAGAGUUCACAAGGUAACACCAUGAAGCAAUUUAUGGAUAUCUUCUCCUUGCCUGAGAUGACACUCCUUUCUUGCGUGAAUGAAUACUUCCUGAAAAACAACAUAGACUAUGAACCAGUUCACCUCUACAAAGAUGUGAAGGAUUCGAUCAGAGAUGUCCACAUCAAAGGAAUAAUGUACCGUGCAAUCGAAGCAGAUAUUGAGAAAUACAUUUGUUAUGCGGAGCAAACCCGUGCUGUAUUAGCAAAGCUGGCAGAUCAUGGCAAGAAGAUGUUCCUCAUCACAAACAGUCCUAGCAGCUUUGUGGACAGAGGCAUGAGGUUCAUUGUUGGGAAGGACUGGAGGGAUCUCUUUGACGUUGUCAUUGUCCAGGCUGACAAACCAAACUUCUUUAAUGAUAAGAGAAGACCUUUCCGUAAGGUAAAUGAAAGAGGUGUUUUGCUUUGGGACAAAAUCCAUGAAUUGCAGAAAGGGCAAAUUUACAAGCAGGGCAACUUAUAUGAGUUCCUGAAACUGACUGGCUGGAGGGGCUCCAAAGUCUUAUAUUUUGGUGAUCAUAUUUAUAGUGAUCUUGCAGAUUUGACCUUAAAGCAUGGUUGGCGAACAGGUGCAAUUAUUCCAGAGUUACGGACAGAGAUUAAGAUCAUGAACACAGAGCGAUAUAUUCAGACCAUGACCUGGCUGCAAACUCUCACUGGAUUACUGGAACACAUGCAGGUUCACAAGGAUCCUGACUCUCAGCUGAUUAUACAGGAGUGGAAGAAGGAAAGAAAGGAAAUGAGGGAGCUGACCAGAAAUUUCUUCAACUCUCAAUUUGGAAGCUUAUUCAGGACUGACCAGAACCCGACCUAUUUCUUAAGACGCUUGUCACGCUUCGCUGACGUUUACAUGGCAUCACUGAGCUGCCUUUUGAACUAUGACCAUGACUACACUUUUUAUCCAAGGAGGACUCCUUUGCAGCAUGAACUCCCGACUUGGUCUGACCAGCUGUGCACUGGUACAUUCAGAAUACCUUUUCUGCAAGAGAUGAUUCAGAUUAAAUAAGUUUUCUUCUCUCUCCUGUUUCACUUCACUUUCUGCAAUAUCAAACUUCAUUAUUCCUUUCCCCAGUGGCUCAAUAGGGUAUAGUACAAGUAUAUUUAUUGUUAACAUCAAUGUAUUUUAAAAGCAAUGAUCUCUUUAGUAGCAGCAAUUCUUACUCUUCCUUUCAUGUACUCUACAUCCGUAUAUUGGGCCAAUAUUUGUUUAGCUCUGAGAUUGUAACCCAGCAACCCCAACUAGAAUACCACAUGGUGGGAGAGGGUGAAGAAAUCAUGGAAGGCCAUGAUUUCAUACCUGGUUUAGUUUGUCUGCCAUCUUCUUGAAUUUACUGAGAAUUGAUGGGAUUGCACUGAGAGAAAACGGAUCUCAUCUCGUACCCGACUAAUUGAUGGAAGAGGAAUUAUAUGCACAAAAAUCAAUUUUUUAAUAUUUUUGAUGUAUGGCUUACAAAGCCUGAUAUAUUUAUCUUGCAUCUUCUAAUUGGAAGAAUAUUGCUUCAGAUUUGGUGCCUAUGUUGAAUUCUGAUUGAGUUAGUGAGAUGUUUUGAAGACGUAGUGAGAAUUUCUCAUGAUUAUUCAUGUUUUGGGUAGCAGGAGAAAUAGGUAUAUGUAACAUUUGUGAAAUCUAAAAUUACUGUAAAAUUUUAAAAAUGUUGAAUGGGUUUUCCCAAGAUGUACAUCAGAAUGGAUAUCGGUAGUACGUCCUGUUAACAUUAACUGAGUGAGUCUAGAUGUCAUUGGAAUUAUAUACCUCCUGAACUGAAGUCCAAACGCACAAGUUCGCCUGUCUGGUGCAGUUAUAAAAUGAAACUCACAUUUUUUUCCCAUUGGAUCAUACUUAGGUAUAUUUGUUUGAAUGCAAUGUGAGCAAGGGAGCUACAGUCUGCUGUACUCUGAUAAACACAAGCACAGUAGUUUUGCAAAACAACUACCUUUGCAAAAAGGAAGUAAAACAUCAAAUACAUAGGCCUAGUGAUGCAAAAAAAAAAAAAAGAAAAAGAAAAAGGAAAGAUCUAUAAUUAUAACUACAAAAUGCCAAAAAUGAAGUAAGUUUUCCAGUGUAAACUCAAAUUUAGUACUUAUCCUAUUUGUAGUAUCACAUAUACUAUGGCAAUAUCUAUAUUGUGCAAAGACAUCGCACUGUGCACUUUACUUGUUUGUCACAAUUGCACAUUGCCAUUCAGGGCUGUAAUGCACCAUGGAGUUAAGUCUGUGGUGUACAGGAAUGGCUACUAAUACUCUGCUAUAUCCUUGGUGCACGUCCUAUUUAAUUCAAUGCAAUUUGCUUCUGGGUCAAUAUGUAAAGGAUUGCACUGCAAAUGUUCUUGAAGUGCCUUCAUAUGAAAUAUUUGUUUGGAAAAGCAGCAAACAUGUAAAGCAAGCGUUAGGACACAUGGUGCCUAUCAUUGCGAAACAGAAAAUACUUUUUAUUUCUAAAGAUUUUCCCUGAACUCUCCCAUCUCUGAAACACAACCCACAAAUGGAUAUAAUUCAUUUGCACUUAAGUAAUAUAGUUAGAAGCUGGUUUACAACUCAACCCUAUACAUAUUUAUUCACAAACAAGCCCCACUGUGAUCAAUUGUUAGGAACACAGCUUAAUUUCCACUAUUUUUUUAACUGAUGGUUAUUGUAUUCACUCAUUGAAUGUAAAGGCUAUCACAUAUUAGACUUUUGGCUAAAUGGAACAGAAUGAAAUUUGUUGUACCUAUAGUUCUGUACAUUCCCUUUAAUCAUAAGUUAUGGAUUAGCUUAGUAAUGUGCUCAUAUAUAAAAACUGCUUUUAUUAAGGCAGGUAGGUAUUAUAAAGCAUCACAUUUUGUAUACUGAAAUUAGAAUGUAAUUGCUCUAAAUAUGCCCUAUGAAUGGAAAGUAUUUUUCACUCACAGAAAGAUUCUAGAUGAGAUUUUGCAUCCUGUGGGUUUGCAGAGGCUUUUUCUUCAGAUCAUUUUAGUUGCCCGUUAGUGCUUUAUAAGCUAUGUUCUGCAUCUUUCUUAUCCACAAUUGUAUUUUUCUUCCCUUUUUAAAACUCAUUCUCCUACUUAAAAAUAUGGUCACAACCAUGUUGCCCUACAAGAGGCCUAUGAAAAAUGCAUAAGGAGAGCAAUGAUUACACAAGUCAUCUUAUACCUGUUCCCUAAAAAGAGGUCACAUAUAGCCACUGAGGCUAACUCGCCGUUCUCCAUAAAUGUGUCUAACUAUAUCAUUAAAAUAUGAUAUUGGAUCCAGGUUUAAAAACCUAUUUCUAGCCAAAAUUAUACUGUUAAUCCUUGAGUUUUCAGUGGACGAGUUGCUUGGAAGAUUGCUCUUCUGAUAGCUUUGUUUCUUCUGCAAUUAGCUAUCUUCAGAUAGCAAGGAACUGAGAAGUAAAUAUAUUUUAAAGGUGAGAAGUUAAUAAGCCAAUUUAAAUGGCAUUGUAGAAUAAUUCAGAGAUAGUUAAUUUUGGAAUGACCCAAAUACUCGUCUUGGAAUUUAAGAUGUCCGUUCCCUCUAAGAGGGAAGAACUUUUAUGGUGAUGCAUAUGAAGUAUAAGUUGUAUAAGUUUCUGAAAUACUUAAAAUUAAAAGACCAACUAAAGUCACAGUCCUAAAACUACAAAACCCAAGUAGUUAAUAACUUUCUAUUGUAGGUCUCUCAUUCAUCUACCAGAAAUCUGAAUUGUUUUGAUAGCACAUAACAACAAUAAGUCCAUAACAUAUUACAAAUUGGGUAUCCCAAUUCAGUUACUCUGUUUUAGUAGUCCUUAAAAUGUACUUUGGUAAACCUUUUUUUAAAAAAACAACCAAGAAUUGUUCUCAUUUUAUUUUUAGGAAAUAGUUUGGUUCCUCAAAUGCUGGUCAGGUAAAUGUGUGUUUCAAGUUUGUCAGCAUUUCUGUGUAUGUGAGAGUGCAGUUAUAUUGAUAGAUUUCUGAAUUUUUGUAUUGCGUAAUUUAAAAACAGCCUGCUGGCAUGGCUCUAUUUUGUCCAGUAUUUCAUCUGCUUGGAGAAGACUUUUGAGGAGGGCUGAGAUAAAGUUUCACUUGGAGGUCUCAAUCCUCUUGAGAAAAAUCUUUAAAUCAGCCACAGAUUUAACCACUAUUUUGACAUAGUUGUUCUGUUGUGAAUAUCCUUAAGUUGUUGGAGAGCAUAUAGUAAAUGUAAUGUUGCAAAUAGAGAAAGCAAAUUAGUAGAAACUAGGUGCUUAUGUCAUGAAGGGCAGAUCAAGCCCGUUUAGCGUGAGGGUGAUGCUUCCAAUGCUGGCCACAUGGAAAAGCCGAAUUCAAAUAUGAAGUGCUUUAGGCCAUCUAUUUAUUUAGACCACAUUGUGUAGCAUGUUCUUGGAAUGUCCCUACCUAUUUGACUCAGCCCUUCUUUUGAAUUCUCCAACAUGCUGGCCCUGGGGCACAAUAGUGAUUUUGAAUGCGGAAGGCCUUGUUCGUGUCUUUCAGUGUUGCUGGGCUGUAAAAUAUUAUAUGCUUAUAAAUAUCAUACUUGAAAUGCACUGCAUGACUUCUACAGACUCCCAUACUGCUCUUGUUAGAAGAAAACUCUUCUGACUCAUUGGCAAAUUGUGUCAAAAUAAGUUAAUAUCUGUUUUGUUGCUUUAAAAACUAAGGAUGAGAAGCACUGAGAAUAAAAGCAGGAGCUGACAUUAUUGAAAUGAAUUAAUCACUCCUCGUGGCUCCUGUAUUUGCCCAAGACAUGAGUGUAAUACUAAACUAAACAUGCUACAGAAAGUUUUACACAAAUUCCUAUGUAUACUAGAAAGUGUUGUGAAUAUUGUUAACUUUUCAGUGUGUUCCAGAUCAAGAAAUUGACAGUGUUGAGACUGUUUUUGCAGAAAAGCUCUUCUGUUUCAGAAUAAAAACUUGAUCUGUUUGUCUAAAAUGCAUAGGUUAUCUGUAGGUGAUUGCUGCUACAUAUUUCAGCAUAUAUAUUGUAAAAAAGGAUUUGCAUGAAAAGUGACCAGCUUUGAGCUGACCUUCAUGUGAACAUUAAAACUACAGUAUUCCUAUUGUUGGUGUUACUGCUGUGAUGUACCUUUAUACAAAAUACUACCCCUUUUGAGUAUUGAAACCUGCCAUCUGUAACCUCCUUGAUAAUUUUGCCAUGUGGAUUUUUGUCAGCAUACUUGAUUCAAAUACCAGGCACGAAGCAGCUGGGUCUUCAAUUUGUUGAGAAACAAACUGGAAUGAGAAUCUGAUGCAAAUGAAGGCGCUCAAGCCACCCUUUUUGUACUGGGGGAAAAGAUAUUUUAAUGUUACAGCAUUGUUAAUUUGUAUACCAAUAAAUGUUUUGUCACAUU